AUGCUCUUUGUUUUCAUUGGCUGCAUGUCUGUCAUCAUGAACAACCUAACUGGAAGCCUGCAACCAGCUCUAGCCCAUGGAUUGGCCCUGGGGCUUACUAUUGCCAUCCUGGGGGGAAUCAGUGGUGGACACUUUAACCCAGCUGUAUCUCUGGGUGCCUGGAUAAUUGGAGGACUUAACCUUGUCCUAGUAGUGCCAUACUGGAUCUGCCAGCUUUGUGGUGGAAUGAUUGGAGCAGCUCUGGCCAAGGCCUUGACUCCAGAAGAAGACUAUGAGAAAUCAGCUGGAGCAGCUUUCAAUUUGGUGACCAUGGAUGCCCAAGUUGCCCGAGCCAUUGGAGCUGAAAUAGUCAUGACAUUCUUCUUGGUGUUGGCUGUCUGUAUGGGGGCCAUUAAUAGGAAGACUUCUACUGCCCUGGCUCCCUUCUGUAUUGGCUUCACUGUGGCAACAGACAUCUUAGCAGGAGGAAGCAUAUCUGGAGCAUGUAUGAACCCUGCCAGAGCCUUUGGUCCUGCCGUGGCAGCACAUUUCUGGGCCUAUCACUGGAUUUACUGGGUGGGACCUAUGAUUGGAGGUCUGUUAGUUGGCGGUAUUAUAAGGUUACUGCUGGGAGACCCAAAAAUUCGCCUUUUCCUGAAAUGA